AUGGGUGGGUGUUUUCCUUGCUUUGGAUCAUCAAAGAGGGCUGUGAAUAGUAGUAACAAUAGUAAUGGAGUGAAACAAGUAGCCAAAAAGGAGUCUUUUAAAGAGAACUCUUCUGUUCACUCCAGUAGCCAUGUGAAUAGAGUGAAUUCAGAUAAAUCAAAAGGCCGGAAAAGUACUGAUACCAAGAAAGAAUUACUGCUACCAAAAGAGCCAACAGCUAAUAUUGCUGCACAAACAUUUACGUUUCGUGAGCUUGCUGCAGCUACAAAUAACUUUAGGCCCGAGUGCUUGCUUGGCGAAGGUGGUUUUGGGAGAGUUUACAAAGGCCGUCUUGAAAGCACGGGGCAGGUUGUGGCAGUUAAGCAACUUGAUCGAAAUGGGCUUCAAGGGAAUAGGGAAUUUCUGGUAGAGGUUCUCAUGCUUAGCCUGUUACACCAUCCGAAUCUUGUCAACUUGAUUGGAUAUUGUGCUGAUGGAGACCAACGGCUUCUAGUUUAUGAGUACAUGCCAUUGGGAUCUCUAGAAGAUCAUUUGCACGAUCUGCCACCCGAUAAAGAGCCUCUCGACUGGAACACUCGUAUGAAAAUUGCGGCUGGUGCUGCUAAGGGCUUAGAGUACCUGCACGAUAAAGCAAACCCGCCCGUCAUAUACAGGGACCUGAAAUCAUCCAAUAUCCUUCUUGAUGAGGGGUUUUUCCCCAAGCUUUCAGAUUUCGGGCUUGCAAAGCUUGGGCCCGUGGGUGACAAGACCCACGUCUCGACCCGGGUUAUGGGGACUUAUGGCUACUGUGCCCCCGAGUAUGCCAUGACCGGCCAGCUCACCAUGAAAUCGGACAUCUAUAGCUUUGGGGUCGUGUUUCUUGAGCUGAUCACGGGCCGGAGGGCGAUCGACAACAUGCGGAGUGCGGGAGAGCAUAAUCUCGUUGCAUGGGCGAGGCCCCUUUUCAAGGACCGGAGGAAAUUCCCGAAAAUGGCGGACCCGCUACUGCAGGGCCGUUACCCGAUGCGUGGGCUCUACCAAGCCCUUGCUGUGGCCGCCAUGUGUCUCCAGGAGCAGGCCGCCACACGGCCACUGAUAGGUGAUGUCGUCACAGCCCUAUCCUACCUGGCGUCCCAAACCUACGACCCGAACGGACCGAAGCACAGGCACGAGCGGAGGAACACGUCAGACGACGGGCCCCACCUCGGGUCCCCUUCAUCUGUCCAAAGGAACUCGCCCGACUCCAGGAGGUUAGAAGAGACUGGGGGUGGCUCGGGGAGCCGUCUGGGCCCAGAUGGUUUGGGCCGGGCCGACUCACAGGUGGGCAGCCCGGGGAGUGCAGGCCGGGCCCGCGAGACCCCCAAGAACCCUGAGAGAGAGCGCGCGGUCGCCCUGGCUAAGGUCUGGGGGGAGAAUUUCAGGGAGAAAAGGAAGAGUAAUGCCGGGAGCUUUGAUGACACGAACGAGUGA